GCGGUCCGGGCUGGGCUGGGCGCGAUUUCCAUUACCAUGACCCGGCUGGCUCUUGGUCCUUGCGCUUGGGAGCGCCCGCCUACCUCCCGGCAUGCCCUGCGUGCCCCACUCAGAACCUUUGCUCAGGACUUUUCCUCUCACCCAGAACACCGCUCCGCCUCCUCUGAGAAGACUUCCUUCCUCUUCCAUUUUUGGGAAACCGACUCCAGGGGUCAGGCCUGGUGGAGCCAGUCUGAAAGGCUCCCCAGGUGGGCGUUUCAUUCCAGACCCCCUUCAGGGCCCGGUCACAGUUGCCGGUCACAGUUGCCGGCUCAGGACUCCACGCAGCUCAUGGUUUUGCUUUGCUUUAGCUUUUCACAUGCAUGGCGCAGAUGAUGUGGGUCAUCCACAGCUCGGUAUGGUCAGCAGGCUCGGAGUCCACGGCAGCCCCUUCCUCACCCUAGGGCACAGACGUGCCCCGUCCCUGUAGCCAGUCCCUUAGGGUGCCCACUUUAGUCAGCAUGUCCCGCCAUAGCCAGCCUGGCCCCACGACAACCACUGUCCCUUCCCACCCUGAAUCACCACCUCCCUGGCUUCCUGUCCCUCAGCCUCCUGUGGAUUGACUACUUCCUUCCCUCCUCUACUGGGCACGUCCCCUGGCUCCUCAGCCUGACCUUGGAAGCCUGUGAUGACUCCCCAUGACUACCUGUCAACCAUCAUCUCCCAGCAGUUCCCUGUUCUACCCAAAUGUUGGCAUUUUCCUGGAAGCUCCAUUGGACAACCUGCUUCCAGGCACUUGUCAGCUCCCAACAACAGCCAGCUCCUGUGACUCCUCUCCAUGAUGCAUCCCCACCAGGGUCCUCUCUGUCCUGGCCUCAGCCCCAAGGCUGGUCCUGUCUGCAGGCGUCUGCCUUGCCCAGGCGGUGGCCUCUUGGCUUGCACUCUGAUUCCUCCUUUUCUGCAGGUCUCUCCGCGGCUUCAAGAAGACUUCGGCACAACAAUGCCAUCCUCACUUGGCCCCCCAUGCCUGCCCUCCAUGGACCCCACAGCCACCCUAGAGGAGAUUGAUGCAGCUCGCCUGCGCUUCCGGGGGUUUUGCUACCAGGAGGCAGCGGGUCCCCGCGAGGCCCUGGCCCAUCUGCGCGAGCUGUGCCACCAGUGGCUGCGGCCUGAGGUGCACACCAAGGAGCAGAUGCUGGAGCUGCUGGUGUUGGAGCAGUUCCUGGGCGCACUGCCCCCUGAGAUCCAAGCCUGGGUGCGGGGGCAGUGGCCAGGUAGCCCUGAGGAGGCUGCAGCCCUGGUUGAGGGGCUGCAGAAUGACCCUGGGCAGCUGCUGGGCUGGAUCACAGCCCAUGUUUUGAAGCAAGCAGUGUUUGCGGUAGCACAGAAGACAGAGGAGUCCUUGGGGAGCCCCCCCGCUUCAGGGAUAGUGGAGCCCCUCAGGGAAGCUUCUGGGGAGGGACCACAGGAUGCCCAGACCAAGGGGUCUGCCCAGCUCAGCUGCAGCGUGAAAGAGGAGCCUGAUGCUGACAGGCAAGAGAUAGUACCCUCCAGUCCCCCAAAUCAAGCCCAGUCCCGCAAGGGGCCCCUUGGACAGCGGGCACCAGAUUCUGAGUUCUUCCAUCCACCCAGGAUUCAGGAGGAGUGGGGGCUACUGGAUCCGUCGCAGAGGGAGCUGUAUUGGGACGUGAUGCUGGAGAAGUACGGCACGGUGGUGUCCUUGGGUUUACCGCCCCCCAGGUCAGACGCGCGGGCGGAGUCGGAGACCCGGGCGCCAAGCACAGGGAUGGACAGCAGAGGAACCCUCCGCCCGGGAAGCGAUAGCGAGAGCCACCAUGAGGGUCCGCCCGGCUGCCCCAAGGCACUGCUGCCCUGUGAGGGCCCGUCUGGGACCGCUGCGUCAGCCCCACCACCACUGGUGCUGAGCCCUGCACUGAGCAAGCCCUACAUGUGUGAGCAGUGUGGCCGCGGCUUCAACUGGAAGUCAGUGUUCGUCAUGCACCACCGGACACAUGCGGGUGGGCAGGGUGCAGGGGCCUCGGCGCUGGCCAUUGGGGACACUGAGAAACUGCCACAGGGUCCCCGGGAGCCAGGUUUGCCCCGCCACCACCGUCGCACGCCCUCGAGCCCCCACAGCUACGUGUGUGAGGAGUGCGGGUCCAGCUUCAGCUGGAAGUCGCAGCUGGUCAUCCACCGCAAGAGCCACACUGGACAGCGGCGCCACUUCUGUGGUGACUGUGGCUGCGGCUUCGAUUGGAAAUCCCAGCUGGUCAUUCACAGGAAGAGCCACAGGUCGGAGGCGCCAUGAGUGACUGGAGAAGGUAGCCUCGCCUUGGGGGCCUCAGAGUCCUUGAAUGCAGCCCCUGCUGCUGGGCCUGGGUCUGGGAGACUUAGAGGCAGCAAAGGUCACUGGAGUGAAUCAGGAGGGUCCCUUGCCCCUGGCUGUCUACCCCCAAGAGCCACCUGGGUGCAGGAGAAGAAGCUGCUCCCUCCCCUCUUGCCUGCCUUCUGGAGUGAGGCAUGGGUUCGAAUUCACCACUGACCAAGCUCGGAUCUCCCCACCUGUGACAUGAUGUAAGCUGACGACUCCCGCUACCCCUGGGAUGUCGCUGGCUUCAGGUGGAUGCUCAAAAACUGCCCCUUCUCACCCCUCUUGAAGCAAUGGUGUCCUCAGUCUCUAUUUGGAAGGUCCACAAGAGCAUGGCCUGCUUCUGUUUGCAGGCAGAUGGAAAACUAAUGGCCUUCCAUGUGUGUUGUAGAUUUUUAACAAAUUCUAGUUUUGUAAUAGGAAAGUUUCUGCAUAAGAAUCCUGAUUCCUGGCUUCUGCUGGUCAGAAGGUCAGCAAUACCGCUUCUCCUGCCUGGCAGCUGGAACCACAGAGCAUCUACCCAUGAGAAGGCCCAUUGGCCCUGGCCCCAGCCUACCUUGUUUCUGAGCUGCCCACAUCACUCCCCCAGCCUCGUUAUCCUUUGAGUUCUCGCAUCUCAACUUGAAUGGACACUAAGGGAAGUUCUUUUUCAAGUAUGGGUGGACAAGGGUGUUCUCUGAGAAAAAAGGCCACAAACAGAUGUCACUUAGUCCAUGUACACCUGCAGGUCAGGGCUGCAUCCCCACAGCCCACACUGUUGGUCAGUUGGUCACAAAGAAGAAAAAGGCUCGGCUGCCUGCUGCCCACAGAGGUCUGUCUGGAUUCCUGUGCAGUCAUUCAGGACUUUAGUCAGUGCACUAUACUAGUUUCCUGUUGUUCUAACAAGUUUGGUGGCUUGAGACAGCA